AUGGCCGUGGCAGCAGAAGUAAUUACUUAUAUUACUAAUGCAUUUCCAAAUGCUCCACAUUUACUCGGACAGAUAGUGUCAAAAUAUGCUCCUCAACUGACUUGGUGUGCCGCAUUUGGUCUAUCAGCUGUAUGGGAAUAUGUAUACGAUCGCUUACAUGAACAAAAUCCGGAAACAAUUCCUUUAACAUCAGCAAGUGAAAAGGUUGCCGAAACAUCCUCACCGUCUGGUCAAGGUCCUCACAUACGUAACGGAUACAGUGAUGCUGACAAAAAAGCACUUGAACAGAUCCUCGAAAAUGCAACUAAAUUGGAGCCGAAAGGACAGUUACACCAAUAUUGUAAAAAAGGGACCUAUGACGAUGCUAAACAAGACUUGGAAAAAUUAUCUGGCAAUAUGGAAGAGAAAGAACCUAAAGUUUGGUCAAAAAAGUUACCUAAUGGAAAAACUGCAAUUGUGCGUGAAAAAAGUACAUAUCAAGACGCGAAGGCCACAUUGGAAAUUCAAAAGCCAAAUACGAAAGGUGCUUCGAUAGCAAUAAUUAAAAUUCGAUAUCUUUGA